CGCCUGGUUGAUAGGUUGCUGCUCUCUUCGUCCCUCUCAGGUACUGAGCUCUUAUGAUUUGAUGUAUUUUUUUAGUUUUUCGUCUUUUGCGGGAAUGAGAUCGGGCGAUGAGAAAAGAAACACUGCAACGAUAUAAUUGAUUUUGCGUGUAAAUUGGCGAGAUUCGAAAUUAGGGGAUGAGACAAUUACUGCAACAAUAUGAUCGAGCAAGGAUCGUUGGACUUUAGCGGUUUUGUCGGCGAGUGAAGCAGAGGAUUGCCGUGAAGAAGUUCAGGGGACAUACGUUCACGGGGAUAGGAUUUCCGGCGGUUGAGCGCAAAGAGAACAUUGAUUCAGCGGAAGAUACAUCGGCUAUGGGAACCAGCGGCGCUAUACGACUGAUAGACAUAGCCGUCAAUUUCACAGAUGGUAUGUUCAGAGGACUGUACAAUGGGAAGCAAUAUCACGUGGCAGAUAUUGCUACAGUGCUGAGUAGGGCUUGGAAUGCCGGCGUAGAUCGGAUUAUUGUUACUGGGGGCUCUUUGGAGGAAUCAAAGGAAGCUCUAGCUAUUGCUGAAACUGAUGCGUUUGUUAUGGCAGAAAGACUUUUUUGCACAGUUGGUGUGCAUCCAACAAGAUGUAAAGAAUUUGAUGACAGUGGUGAUCCAGAGAAACAUUAUGAGGCUCUUUUGUCUCUGGCUAAAGCCGGGGUUGAGAAAGGCAAAGUGGUAGCAAUUGGAGAAUGUGGUUUGGAUUAUGACAGGCUUCAUUUUUGUCCGGUUGAAAUUCAAAAGAAGUACUUUGAAAAGCAAUUUGAGUUGGCACAUGCUAUGAAAUUGCCAAUGUUUCUUCAUAUGCGAGCAGCAGCAGAGGAUUUCUGCAGUAUUCUCGAACAAAAUAAACAUCGGUUCUGUUCCGGAGUUGCUCACUCUUUCACUGGUAGUUCCCAAGAUCGUGAUCGCCUUCUUUCUUUCAUUAAUCUAUACAUAGGUGUCAACGGAUGUUCUUUAAAGACAGCUGAGAAUGUUGAUGUCGUGAAGGGAAUUCCAGUUGAGCGAAUGAUGAUUGAAACUGAUUCCCCAUAUUGUGAAAUCAAGAACACACAUGCCGGAAUCAAUUUUGUUAAGUCUUCCUGGCCUUCGAAGAAGAAGGAGAAAUAUGACCCGUUAUGCAUUGUCAAAGGUCGCAAUGAACCGUGCUUAGUAUGGCAAGUUUUGGAGGUGGUGGCUGGCUGUAAAGGCAUUGCAGACAUCGACCAGCUCGGCAAAACAUUGUACCACAAUACCUGCAGGGUUUUUUUCCCACAAGAUCUGGACUCAGCAGCAGAUGCACUUCUUGAUGGUGCAUGAAUAAACACCAUAAUACAAGGUGAGUGGAAUUCAAAUUUCUGAUAAUCAUUCACAUAUUAUUAUUAUUAUUAUUAUUAUUAUUUAGGAGUGUGGUGUCUUCUUCCAUUUUGUUGGAUUAUGAUCCCUGCACUUCGUGCAGUGUUCUGUUUUAUUACCAUCCAAUAUAAAAUUGAUUUUUAAUAUAAUAAUAAAAAUAAAAAAUAAAUUUAA